CUCAUUUCGAUUUUUCUCUCUAAAUUCCUUUUUUGAAUAAAACUUGUUUAUAGAACAACAAAUCGUGAAAAAUUAAUCUGUCAAAAUAAAAUUAUAAGUUAAAUAAUUAAACAUAAGUGGCAAUAUCAUUCGUGACAAGAUUUUACCAAUACAGACGAUACCUAUCGAAAUUUUCGAGUCAGGCUGAGUCACUUUGUGAACUUCAUCGUAUUAAGAUAUCAUAUUAAGAUGGUGAAAUAAGACAAAACAUCGUUUCGGUACGAACGAUAAAUUUGUAACAAUUAAUUGAGCAAUUUUACUAAAGGAUAUGGAUUAUUACUUAACAUGGAUCGAAAGCAUCGAGAAAUAUUAGACUCGUGUUACGAAGAUAUUGUACCUAGAAUAAAUAUAAUCAAAUUAUGGCCAAAACUGUUUGAAAAUAAAGUUUUUAAUAGAGAUGACGUGAAUAUUUCGCGCUGGAUAAAAGACAUCACAAAUAAAACAACAGUACAUGAAAUAUAUUUGACGAUAAAAACACGAGGACCACUUGCAUUUUCUCGUUUUCUUGCAAGCCUAAGACAAAGUAACCAUGAAGAUUUAGCAGAUAUUUUGGAAGGAACAAGAACUCCAUUACCUAUUACUAACACGCCAAGUUAUGGUAAUCAUAAUGAAUGCACGAAAGAAAGCAAUGUAGAGGAAACUACUUUUAUUCCAACUGUAGAAGGACCACAAGGCGACUUUUUUCGUAAUAUACAAGUAUUAGAGGAACCACUACAAAUUUUAGUACAGAAAGCUACAAAAUUCUUAGAUGGGCCUGAAUAUGAAAAUGUUCAAACAUAUCCAAUGCGUAGCAAACCCCGUGGACUGGUUUUAAUAAUAACAAAUAUUGAUUACAAACAUCCAGAUAAAGAAGAUAGAAAUUCGGCUAUAUAUGAUGAAUCAAACUUAAAACAACUUUUUAGACAAAUGGGUUUUGAAGUUUCUUCCUAUUGCAAUCUAACAGCACAGAAAAUGUUAGAGAGAAUUAAAGAAUUUUCUCAACGUAAAGAGUUACGCAAGGUUGAUUCUUGCUUUGUUAUAAUAAGUAGUCAUGGUAAUGUUAAUACACAGUAUGAAGUCACAGAAAUAGAAGGUGUAGAAGAGCAUAUGCAAGACAAAGUGCAAAAUCAAAAAACUGUUUUAUGUACUGAUAUUUUGAGUUAUUUCACUGCAGAAGCUUGUCCCAAUCUUGCAGGGAAACCAAAGAUUUUCAUUUUUCAAUUAUGUAGAGGAAAGAAAAAACAAAAAUCAGUAAAAGAACCUAGACAUACAACAGAUACAUCUAACUUUCAACAUUCCUCUGAUGAAACUACUAAUGUUAAAAGAAAUGGUAGAGAGACACUGAGAUGUUAUGAAGAUAUGUUACUUUCAUAUGCUACCCUUCCAGGAUAUGUUGCCUUCCGAGACAAAAUAACUGGUAGUUGGUUCAUACAAAUUUUGUGUGAAGUAUUUAUGAAAUAUGCUCAUAAAGCUCAUCUUCAAGAUUUAUUAAACAUGGUUGAUGAGAGAUUAAAAAUACAAAGGACUAAUGGAGGAGACUGUCAGACAUUAACGAUAACACUGAUUGGAUUCAAUAAACAUUGUUAUCUUAAUCCUGGUCUUUUUGAACAGAUAUGAUCUUAGAAACUUGCCAUUGAACAGAAUGCAUAAUCUAUAUAUAUAUAUAUAUAUAUAUAUAUAUAUAUAUAUAUAUAUAUAGAUUAACAUUUUUUCAACAAAUUUUAUAUAUCGAGUGUAUUUAUUUAUAAAUUUUAUAUAUUUGAAUAUGAAUUAAUAUUAAACUGGGCAAAUGUUACAUAUUGGAUGUAUUUGAAUCAUAUUACAUUUUUAUUAUAUUUUACAAAAUAUACCAAGAAAUGUGUAAACUUUUACGUUCUUCUCUUUCUUUUUUGCGUAUAAUCUAUCUACAUUGCACAAAAUUUUUUAGAAAUGAUAAAGUACUAUAGUCAUUGAUAUAGUAAUAAUAUACGUGACAAAGAAAAGAAUAAUGAUAUGAACAAAUGAAGCGUUUGUAAAAGGAAGAACAAUACAUUUCACAUUAAAAGGAGCAAUGAUAACGAUGACGAAAACAGACUGACAUCCAACUGUGUUUCUGUACAAUAAUAAGAUUUCAACAUUUACGUCAACCGCAUACAUUGAAAUUUACUCUAAAUGCAGUAUAGCAUGAAUAACGAUCUGUAGUUGUAAAGAAAUAAUUAUAUGCUUAUGCCAUUUGAUACUGUGGUAAAAAAAAGAAGAAAAUAAUUUCAAGCGAUAUAAUUUAUGAUUAAAACUCUUAACAUUACAAUAUUUGUGUCAUGUUUUCGUAUCGCAUAAUAUCGCGGUUGAGAAAGAAAGAGGUGUUUUGAAGUUAAUAUGAUAUACCAAAAACAUAUGUCAUAUCUCGAUUUAUGUUCUAACGAUAUUACAGCUGUAAAUUACAAAUUACAUGCUUAACUAUAUUCUAAAUUCAAAUAGGUGAAAAGAUAAACGUUCCAAUACUCUCGGAUCUGUUUUCGAUAAGUACAUCACACCGUGCAAUUAGAUAGCAGAAUUUGUAAAAAUUAAAAAGAUAUGAUAAUAAGAAAAAUCCACGUUAUGAGAGCAAAGAAAAUAGAAAAAUUAAACUUCUGACAGAUUUUGUAAUAAUUAUGUAUUUAAUAAUAAAUGAAAUAUUAAAUAAUUAAUAAGUAGAUUAAUUUUGUAGUAAUUUUUGUAAAAUUCAAAAUUAAUUUUGUAAUCAACUGUAGUUGAACUUAUUUCCGUGAAUGAUGCUGAAUAUAUCUUCUUUUAUAUGUAUUUAUUUAUUGUUUUGGAUAUGGCUCAAGUGAAUGUCAAUGAGUCAACGUCAAGGCGAUUUAAUUUAAAAAAAAAAAAAAAAAAAAAAGGAAAA